AUGGCUACUAUUGGCACGCUAGCAGCGUUUGAUAUAAAAAAUCAGACCUGGGAAGAGUAUUGUGAAAUACUAGAUCAGUUUUAUGCGGCCAAUCAGAUAGACGACGGAGACAGGCAGAGAGCUAUUCUCAUAAGUGUCGUGGGUGCAUCGACGUACAGCUUGAUGAGAAAUCUGCUCAGCCCAGAGAAGCCUAAGGACAAAUCCUACCAGCAGCUAGUACUCCUGUUAAAAAACCACUUUGAUCCGAAGCCCAGUGAAAUUGUACAGAGAUACAAGUUUGACUCCCGGAGCCGUAUGCCGAAUGAAACGGUAAUGGACUAUGUGGCAGAGCUACGGCGGCUAGCCCAGGACUGCAACUACGGUGACACACUGCAGCAAAUGUUGAGAGACAGGAUUGUAUGUGGGAUUAAUGAUGACCGGAUUCAGAGACGUCUUCUGGCAGAAGAGGGUCUAACGUUUGAAAAAGCUUUGUCAAUCGCUGUAGCAGCGGAGACAGCAAACAAAAACGCCCAGGAUCUGCAAAAUCCAGGCACCACAGUGAAGUGUUUCAACGUGAGUAAAGGUCCACAGGAGACUCGUUCAUUCAAAGGAACUAAAGUGUUUUGUUACAGAUGCAAAGGAACCAAGCAUACUGCCGCAGACUACCCAUAUACUGUUGACUUAAAGUUAAAUGGAAAAGAUGUUAAUUUUGAGAUAGACACUGGCUGCAGCCUUACAGUCGUCAAUGAGCAUGUCUUCAAAAAAGUGUGGGAAAAUACAAAAAGCCCGCUUGUGAAGCCAGCUAAAAUCAAGUUGGAAACAUAUACAGGUGACCCCGUUGAAGUGUUGGGAACAGCACAGGUCUGGGUGAGAUACAAGCAGCAACGCAGAAAGCUACACCUGGUUGUAGUUAAAGGAUAUGGUCCCAGUUUGUUAGGACGAGGGUGGCUGGAAGAGCUACAUCUCAGAUGGAAAGAAAUAAAAAACAGACACCAGCAGAACAUGUGGAAAACAACGCUACAACUGGUGUUAAGCAAACAUGAACAUGUGUUUAAAGAUGAACUUGGCACUUUGAAAGGCACUAAGGCAACCAUCCAUGUUAAGCUCAAUGCUGUACCACGAUUCUUUCGCCCACGGUCUGUUCCUUAUGCCAUGCGCGCAAAGGUUGAUGAAGAGUUAGACAGGCUGUUAAAAGAGGGCAUAAUAACACCCGUAAAAUAUGCUGAAUGGGCAGCCCCUGUAGUCCCUAUCUUGAAACCAACCGGAAGCGUGAGAUUAUGUGGAGACUAUAAGCUAACUGUGAACACUGUUUCCUCUCUGGAACAAUACCCCAUACCACGAGUAGAAGACUUGUUUGCAGCACUGUCAGGAGGAACGCAGUUCACCAAAUUGGAUAUGAGUCAUGCAUAUCAACAGAUACUCAUGGAUGAGGAGUCCAGGAAAUAUUUGACUGUUAACACGCACCGAGGCCUGUUCACAUACAACAGACUGCCUUUUGGCGUGGCGUCUGCACCUGCCAUAUUUCAGAGAACUAUGGAGAGUCUAUUGAAAGGGAUUCCUUUUGUCACAGUGUACCUUGAUGAUAUCUUGGUGAGUGGUGUAGACGAAGCAGACCACCUAGAGAACCUGGACACUGUGUUGGCAAGGUUGGAAGAGGCAGGGUUGCGCUUAAAAAGAAACAAGUGCACCUUCUUACAAGAGCAAGUGGAGUAUUUAGGUCACAGAGUAGACAGACAAGGACUUCACCCUGUAGAGAAGAAAGUAAAAGCCAUCAUGGAGGCUCCUGCGCCUACAAAUGUCACAGAACUAAAGUCAUACCUGGGGUUGCUAAACUACUAUAACAAAUUCCUUCCUAACCUAGCAACAUUGUUGGCUCCUCUGCAUGAACUCCUCCGACAAGAUGUGAAAUGGACAUGGAAACAAAAGCAGGAAGAAGCUUUCCAGAGAUCCAAAGCCCUGCUUCACUCUGCACAAGUUUUGGUUCAUUACUCUGCAGAUAGAGAACUAAUUCUGUCAUGUGAUGCUUCACCUUAUGGCGUAGGUGCUGUUUUGUCACAUGUGAUGGAAGAUGGAAGUGAGAAGCCACUGGGGUUCAUGUCACGCACGCUUUCACCUGCUGAGACAAGGUAUUCACAGCUUGACAAAGAAGGUCUGGCAGUCAUAUUUGGCAUCCAGAGGUUUCACAAGUACCUUUAUGGACGACCUUUCACCAUUUAUACUGACCAUAAGCCGCUGAUUUCCCUGUUUAAUGAAAAGAAACCCAUCCCACAAAUGGGUUCCCCAAGAGUUCAGAGAUGGGCUGUGCAUCUGAGUGCUUACGAGUACAAAAUAGUGUACAAGCCAGGAAAACAACAUGCAAAUGCAGACGCGCUCAGCAGACUGCCUAUGUUUGAAGAUCUGCCAGCUAAAGAAACAACUGAGCAAGUCUUGAUGAUGGAUUUAUUGGAUGACACGCUUGUGGACAUGUCCCAACUAAAGCGCUGGACAGCCAAAGAUGUGGUACUGUCCCAAGUGCAUGAACACAUACUGAGAGGAUGGCCGGCAAAUUGUGAUACUGAACUAAAGCCGUAUCAUCAACGGAGAUUGGAGUUAAGUGUUAGGGACGGUUGUGUGCUCUGGGGAGCCAGAGUCAUCAUACCUAAAAGAGGGAGGGGCCAGAUAUUAAAGUUACUGCAUCAAGCACAUUCAGGCAUGUCAAGAAUGAAAGGACUGGCAAGAUCCUAUGUCUGGUGGCCAGGCAUGGACCAGGACAUAGAGAGAGAAGUGCUGUCAUGUAAAGAGUGUCAAACAAAUCAAAAGUCACCACCCUCCGCGCCAUUACACCCCUGGGAUUGGCCAGAGGCACCUUGGUCAAGAAUUCAUGUUGACUCUGCAGGACCUUUCCUUGGUGAGAUGUUUUUAGUCAUAGUGGAUGCCCACUCAAAGUGGAUGGACAUUUAUCCCAUGAAAACAUCCACAUCGCAGGCUACCAUUGAAAAACUGAGACAGAGUUUCAGUGUGUUUGGUCUUCCAAAGAUGUUAGUGUCAGACAACGGAACCUGUUUCACCAGUGCAGACUUUGAGUCAUUUAUGAAGCAAAAUGGUAUCAGGCAUGUGAGGUCAGCACCAUUCCACCCGUCUUCAAAUGGACUGGCUGAGAGGGCAGUUCAGACCUUCAAGGAGGGAAUGAAAAAGAUGAAAGGCGGAACAUUGCAAACCAAACUGUCAAGAUUCCUGUUUAGUUAUCGCAUCACACCCCAUGCGACGACCGGAGUGUCACCCGCAGAACUGAUGAUGUCACGGAGACUCAGAUCAACUUUGGACCUGCUCAUACCAGAUGUAAAAUCAAAGGUUCAACGAAAGCAACUGAAACAGAAACAAACACAUGACACAAACAGAAAACUGAGAUGUUUUGAGCCAGGAGAUGAUGGCGAUACAACAAUAGUUCAAAAAGUAUAA